AGGCAGUGAGAAUAAUAUCUCCCUCCCUUUUCCCCCUCCCCAUUCUUUUGAACUUCCUCACUUAUUUAACCAUCCAUCUUCAAUGAAAAAUCAACCACAACUCCACCCCACCAAUAUGGAAAUAAUGCAUCACAACAUCCGCGGCGCACUACCGAUGGCGGCGUGGUACAACGCCACCGCCGGUCACGUGCACCACAGAAGUGUACUGAUGCACGUGGCAUUCUACUGGGGCAAAAAUGCGGAGUUUCUUUUCUCGGGUUGGCCCGGGUCGAGCACGGUCAUGUACGCCUUGGCCCUGAUCUUUGUAUUCGGGUUAGCCGUGCUCGUCGAGUGGCUCUCUCACUGCGAGCAUAUCAAGCCAGGGGCGAACCGGGUUGCGUCAGGGUUGUUUCAGACCGGCAUUCACGCGGUUCGGGCCGGGUUUGUAUACAUGGUGAUUCUGGCUGUCAUGUCGUACAACGGUGGAGUGUUUAUUGCGGCGGUUCUAGGUCAUGCAGUUGGGUUCUCGCUUUUCGGGAGCCGGGUUUUGAAGGAGUUGCGUAGAACUUCUGAUCUUCCAAUGAGCCAAUGAGGGGUUGAUGUAGAGAACAAUUUCAUUCAUCCACACUAUGUUCAUCUUCUUUGAGGGGGUACGUAAACUCAUUGUGCUCCUCAUUUUAACGAUGAAAACUUUUCAUUUUGUCAAGUUUCAUUUGUUAGGAGACAAUGCGAAAAAUUCUAUACCAAUCGGAUCUCUGUAAGGGCUUCUUCAUCUACAAGUUUUUUUUUUUUUUUGCCUUUAAAAUUAUCAACUAGAAAAUGUAACUUUCAGAUCAAGCGCCUAGCGAUAUCCGAUUGAAUUCAUUUUUUGCAUGAUCUCCUAACAAAUAAAUUUGAACAAAAUAAAUAGUUUCGAUCAUUGAAGUGGGACCCAAAAUGAGCAUUACCUUUGCGAUAAUGGGCUUCUGCUUUUCGUCCGUAAGACGUAUUUUUCUUCAAGAACUGUUUUCAGUCGAGAGAGGGAGAGAAUAACGGUUUAAGCUUUGUGAAGGAAUAAAAUACCUGAUUCAGCUUCAAAAA